AUGAAGAAGCCCAAUUUCUGUUUAAAGAUGCAAUUUGCAACUAUACAGAUUUUGAGGGAUGCAUUGAGGGAGAAGGCAAUCCAAGGAGGGUGGAAGUAUGUCUACAUAAAUAAUGAUAAGAUAAGGUUGAGGGUGGUCUGCAAGGAAAACAACUGUCCUUUUGAGUUGUUUGCUUCCAAGAUGCAGCAUGAAAGUACCUUGAUGAUAAAGAGGUACAAUCCCAUGCAUAACUGCUAUAGAAAGUUUAACAAUAGCAUGGUGACGCAGAAAUACUUAACAGCCAAGUUCAAGGAUCAAAUUGCUCUUAAUGAAGCCACAAAACCAGAGAAUUUGGCUAAGACUAUGUCAGCAAGCAUUAGGGCAGGUGUUUCCAAAAGUAUGGCCUAUAGAGCAAAGAGAGCUGCAUUGUUAGAAGUAGAAGGGGGCAUCAAGGAGCAGUAUGCAAGGCUGGCUGAUUAUGGGAAGGAACUUCAAAGGGCUGAUCCAGGAACCACAAUUGACUUGGUUUGUAACUUCAGCAACUCCGAGAAGGCACCUGUUUUCAAGAGGUUGUACAUUUGCUUGGGAGCUUUGAAGAAUGGAUUCAAGGCAGGUUGCAGAUCAUUGAUUGGUUUGGAUGGAGCUCAUUUGAAGACAUGUUUUGGUGGCCAACUGCUAACUGCUGUCGGAAUUGAUGCUAACAACACUUCAUGGGUUGUUGUUUAUGCAACGGUUGAGUUGGAGACAAAGGACUCUUGA